AUGGCUAAAAAAUCACUUGCUGAACAAAUUGCAGAGCUUCAAAAGCCAGAAGUUGAAGAUUAUGAUAUUGAAGAUGCUGAAAGGGAUGUUUUCAACCAUGAUGAUGAAGAAAAUGCAAGUUUAGGUGAAGACGAAGAAGAUGAAGUGAAAAGAACUGAACAUUAUGUUAAUGUUGGUAAAAGUAAAUUACGUGACCAUUCAGUGAAUUUGAAAGAUCCAAAAUAUACUGGUAAGACUAGUAGCAGAAAGGAUAUUUUUGAAAAUAAAUCUGAAGAUGAAUUACAAUCUGAAAAUGAAGAAGAGGAAGGAGAUGAAAGUGAUAGUGGAAUCUCAUUAAGAGCAGAUUCCGAGGAUGAAGAACAAUCAGAAUCAGAAUCAGAACCAUCUACAGAUGAAGAAACUGUUACAUCUAAAAGAGAUAAAUUGAAACAAAUGAUGGCAACUGAGCGUAAAACGAUACUGAAUAGACUAUCCACCUCGGCUCAAAAUGAUGCAUUGAAAGGUUAUGCUGUCAUUUCCCAACAAAGAUUAUUUGAUAAUAUUUUAGAUUCAAGAAUCAAAUUACAAAAAGGUCUAACAAACUCAAAUUUAUUGCCUUUAAACAAUGAAUCAUUUGAAGAGUUUCAAGAAGAGUCCACACAAGAAGAUUUGGGGAAUGUUGAAAACUCGUUGCAUUCCUUAUUAGACAAUAUAAUAUCAUUGAGAACAAAAAUAUGCAAUAAAGAAAAGAUAACAAAAGAUCAAUUGAAAUUCAACACAGGAAAGAAGAGAUCAUUUGGUGAAUAUGUUGAAGAAACUGAAAAACUCGAUAAUGUCUUGAAUAAAUACAGAGGGUCUGUUUUAACAAAAUGGUCUCAUAAAGUUCAAUCAGCUUCUGGUGCUACUGCAUUAAAUGCUUCCAAAUUCAAAACAAUCAACCAAACACCUGCACAACAAGUUGAUUUAAACUUGAUGGAUAUGGAUAGAUUGUUGAAAAGAACUCGUUUGAAUAGAAGAAAUGUUAAACCAUUAGGGUAUGCUGAUGAGGAAGAUGGUGAAGAAAACACAAAAAAAGUUGAUAGGUCAUUACAAGAAGAUGAAAAUAUCUUUGAUGAUGAAGAUUUUUACAGAGUUUUGUUGAAUGAUUUAAUUGAUAAAAAAAUUUCAGAUUCAAAUCCAACUAAUGGAUUAACAAUUCAAUUAACAAAAGCUAAAGUGAAGAAAAAUGUCGAUACUAAAGCUUCAAAGGGAAGAAAAUUGAAAUAUACCGUUCAAGAACCUCUUCAGAAUUUUGAAGCUCCAAAAUCUAAAUUUAAAUGGAGUGAUGAGCAAAUUGAUGAAUUUUUUGCUGGAUUAUUGGGUCAAAGAGUUAAUUUUGAUGAAGCUGAUGAAAAUGGGGAUAACGAGGAAGAUGAAGAUGAUGAAUCCUUACUACAAGAUGAUAUCAAGAUUUUCGGUUAA